AUGUACAACAUACAGUGGGAAGUUGGGCGUGCAAAGCUCAGGCUCACUCCGUUUGCGGUGGCUGCAGCGGCGGCCGCAACAGGGGCUGCCACCGCAGCAAGGCCCUUCACCGCUGAUUCCGCCAUGGAUGCCACUCUGAGGCUGAUCUUAUGGACCUCGCUCUCAGGUCUUUGGGGUCAGUGGUCCUGCGCCACCCAGGCCUCGAAGGGCGAUGAGUUCUUGGUGGUUUUUUCCAAGAACGCGGAAACGGGUGGGGCGCUUCCCCGGCUCCAGAUCCUGGUCACGGCCCACGAGGACGACACCAACGUGACGGUCAGCGUCCCUAACGACUCCUUUCGGGCCGCCUGGACCGGGCGCUCCGGCCUCACGGUGACCCUGGCCCUGCCCUCCCACACCGAGUUGCGGCAGAGCGGCCGACUGGUCCACGCCAUCGUGGUCCGGGCUCAGGGCCCGGUCACCAUCGUGGCGCUGUACCGGCACCGGUCUAAGGCGGCCGCCUCGCUGCUGCUGCCUGUGAGCGCGCUGGGCACGGACUACUUGGUAGUCACCCCGUCGGGUCCCCUUCCCUGGGGACCCAGGCACUUCUCCAUAGUGGCGGGCGAGGCGGGGGCCACCGUGGACGUCCUGCUGCGGAACACGGUCCUGCAAGGCAAGAAGCUCUACCCGGCGGGCAGCCGCCUGGCGCUGCCCCUGGCCCCCUACGAGGCCGUGCAGCUGCGGAGCGAGGGGGACCUGUCGGAGACGCGCGUGACCGCCGACCGGCCGGUGGCCGUGUUCGCCGGCCGCGGGUGCGCGCCCCAGCGUACCGGCUGCGACCCCACGUUCGAGCAGCUGCAGCCCGUGGCCGGCUGGGGACGCACGUUCGUGCUGGGGCCCACCCCGCUCUCGGACUCCCGGGACGUGGUCUACGUGGCAGCCACGCCCCAGAAGCACGCGAAGCUGGAGAUCCUUCCCGUCCGGAAGGGGGGCUUUCCCGCCGUCCAGCUCCUGCGGCCGGGGCAGGUGGUGUCGCUGCCGCUGGAGCCCGGGCAACCGAUCUUGCUGACGGGCAGCACGCGGAUCCAGGUGCUCCUGGCGGGCAGCGCGGCCGUGCCCAAGGGUCGCCACUCGGGGGUCUUCCUGGCCCGGGUGCCCGACGUCGACCGCUACUGCCGGGCGCUGCCCGUCUGGGGCGUCACCGGCUUCAGCGGCUCUGUGGCCGGGGCCACGCUGUCCGAGGCGGCUGCGAGUCUGCGGAUGGACGGGAGGCAGCUGGACGGCUGGACCGUCGUCGGGAACACGGGCUACUCCUGGGGCCACAGGCACUACGGGCCCGGGAAGCACCAGCUGGCGCUGCAAAAGUCCGGCUUCGGGGGCCUGAACGUGGCGGUGGGACAGGGCAGCGCUUACGGGACGGCCAUCGGUUGCGGUAGGUCCUGGAGACGGGCGCGGGGCGGGGCGCGGCGGCCGGCCCGAGGGAGCCCGGGCGCGGGGAGAAGGCGGAGGCUCGGGCCGCGGGGUCUGGUCUGGGCGCAGGGAGCUUUAGAGCCGGGCCGCGGUCCCCAUCACCUGGUCUCCCGGUUCCCGACAGCCCCGGGGCCCACCGGCUGCGGGCACGCGCGCUGCCGCUUCCGGCGCUGCCUACCGGGCCAGCAGUGCCGCCGGCGGAGACGGAGGCAGGGCUAUACCUGGACCGCAGAGUCCUGGUGCUGGGCGCAGGGGGCUCUCUACUAUCGCACGUUCGACGGCAAAACCUUCCAGUUCAGAGGCAACUGCAGCUACGUCAUGGUUGAGUCCGACGGCCGCGGGUCCCCGACUCCCCCGUUCCUGCUGGAGACGUCGACCGACCGGCUCGGGGAUUCUCGGGCCUAUUCCUUCAGCCGCUCCUUCACGCUCCGGCUGUACGGGCACAAGUUGUCGGCCUCCCGCUACGAGCCCGGACUGGUCCGGGUGGACGGCCAGCUGUUCGGGCUUCCGGUGUCCCUGCACAAUGAGAAGUUGAAGGUGACCCAGCAAGGCCGCUCCCUCCUACUGGUCACGAACUUCGCGCUGCGCCUGAUCUUUGACUGGGACGCCUGGCUGGGGGUCCGCCUGCCCGGCAACAUAUACCGCGGUCGGGUGUCGGGCCUCUGCGGGAACCUGGACGGCAACAGCAGCAACGACCAGGUCACCCCGGCCGGAGUCCCCGCCCCGAAGACCGAGGACUUCGCUGGGAGCUGGCGUGUGCCCGGGUUGCCCAGCGAGGACCAGUGCUACGAGAACUGCUCGUGCCCGGAGUGUCCGCAGGCUCAGGAGCGCGAAUACCGGGCCCGCGAGCUCUGCGGGGCCCUGAACCACCCCAGCGGCCCCUUCGCCGCCUGCCACGGCCUGGUGUCGCCCGCCGGCUUCCGCCAAAACUGCAUCCGCGACCUGUGCGCCGCCGGUCGCCACCAACCCACGCUCUGCCGCGCCUUCACCGCCUACGCCCUGGCCUGCCAGGAGGCGGGAAUCGCUCUGGGGACGUGGAGGGAGCAGACCCGGUGCCCUCUCUUCUGCCCCCCCGACAGCGACUACGAGCCCUGCGGAGACCCCUGCGUGCCCACGUGCGCGGACCCCUACCCCGGCUCCUGUGCGGGCCGGUGCGUGGAGCGGUGCCGCUGCCGGCCCGGGCUGCUGUUGAACCGGGGCCGCUGCGUGCCCCCGGCCCAGUGCGGCUGCCAGCACAAGGGGCAGGCCCUGCCGCCGGGCGCCCAGUUCUGGGAGGACGCCGCUUGCUCGCGCCGCUGCCGCUGCCACCCGGACACCCGCACCGUGGAGUGCGAACCGGGAGCCUGCCAGCCGGGGCAGGCGUGCGGGGUCCGCGGCGGGCUGCGGGGCUGCUACCCCAUCCGAUGGGCCACCUGCUCGUCGCCCGGGGACCCGCACUACAUCAGCUUCGACGGCCGCGCCUUCGCCUUCCACAACCCCUGCGGCACCUACCUGCUGGCCGGGGUGGAGGGGGUCGGGAGGAAGGGCCGGGCCUCGGGCGGGCCCGGGAGCGAGGCUCGGGGGGGACCCCGGGGCGGGCCCGGGAGGAAGGGUGAGGGCCGAGCCCGGACUAAGCGCGGGCCAGCCAGCAAGGGUGACGGGCGAGCCCGGCCUAAGGCCGGACCCGGGGCCAAGGAUGGGGACGGAGCGGAUGGCGGAGUGGCGAGCAAGAUCGAGGGCCGAGCCCGACCUCAGGGCGGGGGCGCGGGAGAAUCCGAGGGCGGGAUCCAGGGCGGGGUGUGGGGCGAGCCGUGGGUCGGGCGCGGCGCUUGGAGCGGGGUCCAGGGAGAGUCCGGCCUGCCCCUGGAGGAUUUCCAGAUUCUGUUGGACAGCAACCGAACCAGCGGGGACGCCUCCUCCCGCACCGUGCGGGUUCGCGUGUACGGGACCGAGGUGGCCAUCAGUCACGAGCACCCGGGACGCAUUCUGCUGAACGGCUCGCCGACCCACCUGCCCUACCUGCCCAACGACCUUCCGCUGACCGUGCACCGCGUCGGCUUCCUGGCCGAGCUGCGGACCGGCUUCGACCUCAUCGUGACCUUCGACUGGAGCAACCAGGUGCGGGUGUCGGUGCCGGUGGCCUACGAGGGGGCCCUGCGCGGGCUCUGCGGGGACCUGGACGGAAACCCGGGCAACGACCUGAUCCCGCGCGGGGAACCCCGCGACCCCGCCUCCAAGCCGGACGACCCGGUCGCCUUCGCUGGGAGCUGGAGGGAGCCGGGGCCCGACGGACAGACCUGCGCGGAGCCCGUGGUGCGGCCGGCCGCCUGUCCGAACCCGGAGGCCGCGGAGAGGGCCCAGCGGCAGAGCCCGGUCGCCUGCGGGCUCCUGGUGGACCCGAAAGGCCCCUUCCGAGACUGCCACGCCAUGCACGACCCGGACCCUGCCUUCCGCCGCUGUACCUACUUAAGCUGCUCGGAGCCUCGGGAUCCCGACCGCGUGUGCCAAGAACUGGCUCACUACACCUCCGUCUGCCAGCUCGCCGGCAGGCGCGUCGACCCCUGGCGCUCCGGCUCCUUCUGCGGAAUGCUCUGCCCCGUUCACAGCCACUACGACGUGUGCGGCUCGGGCUGCGAGGACACGUGCGGCUCCCCGUGGGCGCCCACGCCGUGCGCCCGACAAUGCCGGGAGGGCUGCGUGUGCGACUCUGGGCACUUGCUCAGCGGCGACCAGUGCGUGGAGCCCAAGCAGUGCGGCUGCCUGCAUGACGGCGUCUAUUACGAGGCGGGAUCCGAGUUCUACCCCGGGCCGCAGUGCACGCCGCGCUGCCGCUGCGGGGCCGGGGGGAUGGUGGUCUGCGAGCCCUCGUCCUGCCGCCGGGGCGAGCGCUGCGUCGUGCAGGGCGGCGUCCCCGAGUGCCGCCCGCACGGCUCCAUCUCCUGCUUCGUCCGGGGCCGCGGCCACCUCGUCACCUUCGACGGACGCGCCGUAGACAUCCCCGAGCACCGGGCCUACGUCUUGGCCCAGGCCCCCGGACCCCAGCCCUUCACCGUCCGCCUCGGGCACGGCCGGCGCGGCCAACGGGAGGGGCCGGCGACCCGGUGGGUGGAGCUGGAGAUGGCUGGAAGCGUCCUGGUGCUGGAGGAGAAGCGGAGCGGAGUGAUCGAGAUCGACGGGUGGACGCUGCCGCUGCCGCUCAGCCUGGCCGAGGGGUCGCUGCGGGCCUUCCCGCGGGGUCCAGCCACGGUGGUGCAGGAGGCGUCCGGGCUGGAGCUGGCCUACGACCUGGCCUGGCAGCUGGUCCUCACCGUGACCGGCGACUACCGCGGGCUCGUGCGCGGCCUUUGCGGCAGAGGCCACGAGCCCCAUCGACCGGAUCUGCCUAGCGGUACCCCGACCCCCGACUCCGGGACCUUACCGGAGGCCUGGGAGGUGGACGAGGGGGGUACGAAGCCCCCGACCACGGAGGUGCUGCCGGUCGAGCCCCCGGCCUGCUCCCGGGAGGACGAGGAGACGCUCCGGGGCCGGGACCACUGCGGCCUCCUCGCCGACCCCGGCGGCCCUUUCGCAGCCUGCCACGGUCACCUCAGCCCCGACGACCACGUCCGCGCAUGCAGCCGUGACCUCUGCCGCCUGCCCCAGGCCGAGCGCCUGCUGUGCCUCGCGGCCCAAGGCUACGUCUCCGCCUGCCAGGCCGCCGGCGUCACCAUGAGCCCCUGGAGGACGGAGACCUUCUGCCCCCCGACCGUGCUCCCCGACGGCCACUACGCGCUGUGCACGGAAACCGGCCUUCAGCUGUGUGCGACGCGGGAGGGCUGGGAGCCGGGGAAGGAGACGUGCUUCGAGGGCGUCCGGUGCGAGGAGGGGUGGUGGCUCAGCCAGGGGCGGUGCGUGCCUCCGGACCAGUGCGGCUGCUUCCACGACGGGAGAUACUUCCUGCCCGACGAGAAGGUGCUGCUGCCCGGCUGUGAGCAGAUGUGUGUCUGCACCCCGGGUCGCGGCGUCCGCUGCUCAGCGCACAGCUGCGAGCCGGGCACUGGCUGCCAGGUCAGCGAUGGCGUUGUUCAGUGCGUCCAGCGAGUUUCUCCUCCAGACCCCUGCCAGGGGAUUCAGUGUGAAGUCGAGGAGGUGUGCGUGGCCGGCACGUGUCAGAAAGAGGAUAUGGCCACCUGUAUGGCCUGGGGGGACCACCAAUUUUCCACCUUCGACGGGAAUACGUACAGCUUCCAGGGCCGAUGUACCUACGUCCUGGCCUCGUUGCGCCUCCCCGAGGCGGGGUCGGGGCAGGGAGCCUCCCCGCCCUCGGCCCGGCUCACGCCCUUCACCAUCCUCUUCAGGAACGGCCAACGCAGUAACGGGGCGUUGAGCGCUGAGUGGCAGACCGACGUUCAGCUCUUGAACCACACCGUGUCGCUGCAGCGCGAAGGCCGGACCUCGGUGAUGCUGGACGGCAUCUUGACGAAGCUGCCGGUGUCCCUGGCCUCGGGCGCAAUCCGCCUGUCCCUCAGUGGCCGAAAUAUCAUCUUGAAGACGAACGUGGGGCUGAGCGUCCUCUAUCGCGGCUGGAUCCUCAUGGUCAGACUGGGCCUCCGGUACCGGGGCCGAACUCAAGGCCUGUGCGGGGACUUUAACGGGGAUUCGAGCGACGACGUGAUCUUGCCAGACGGGCGGUCGCACCCGGGGAUAGAAGCCUGGGUGCGGGAGUGGAAGGUGGCCGACGACGACUCCUGCUCGGAUGAAUGUGAGCCGCAUUGUUCGAGCUGCAGCCCGCAGGAAAAGCAGCUCUACGGCAGCCCCGGCUUCUGCGGGAUCCUAUCCACGGGCGUCCCCGGCCCCUUCGCCGGCUGCCACGCUGCCGUCCCGCCCGCCCAGUAUGUGGAAAAUUGCCUGUACUAUGUUUGUUCAAACUGGGGCGCCCGCCAGAUCCUGUGCCAGGCGUUGAGUAGGUACGCGGCAGAGUGCCAACGGACAGGGGCAACCCUGCAGGAGUGGAGGGAGAUGGCCGGCUGCCGUCUGUCCUGCCCUGCCCAUAGCCACUACGAGCUCUGCGCCAGCUCCUGCCCAGCCAGCUGUUCCUCUCUGCGCCCGGCCGAGACGUGCCCUCUGCCCUGCGCCGAACGCUGCCAGUGCGACGACGGAUUCGUGGCGAGCGGGGAUGACUGCGUCAGCCUCGACACCUGCGGCUGCUCCCACCAUGGCCGCUACUACCAGCUGGGCCAGGAGUGGGCGACCAGCGGCUGCCGCGAGCGCUGCCAGUGUCCGGAGGGAGGUGGGAGUCAGGCCCGCUGCCAGCCGUGGGGCUGCGGCCCCCGGGAGCGCUGUGCCGUGCGCGACGGGGUGGUGGGCUGCCACGCGCUCUCCAUGGUCCUCUGCAGCCUGGCCGGCGGCCAGCUGACCACCUUCGACGGGCGGCAGGCCGGGCUCACCGGAGGAUGCUCGCUGCUCCUGGCCAGGCACUCGGGCCCGUCCGGAGGCAGGCUGCAGCCGUUUGCGGUGACCGUCGGCGGAGAGGCGGAUGACUGGAUCCUCGGCCUGGAGGUCGGGAACCGGAACUUGAAGGUGGAGCGCGGGGCACUGGACAGGCUGCAGGUGGACGGCGAGACGGUCUUCCUGCCCGUGUCCGACCCCGCCGGCUACCUGGCGUACCGCAGCGGUCAGGACCUGGUGCUCCUCACGGCCUUCGACCUUCACCUGGCAGUGUCCGAGGGGUCGGGGCUGCUGCACGUGGAGGUGCCCGCCUCCUACCGCGGGGCCCUGGAGGGCCUGUGCGGGGACGGCGACGGGGACGCCGCGAACGACCUGGAGCCCGGGGCCGGGGACGAGGCGGGCCCGCGAGGGGACGCGGACGACGGGAAGGGGCCGCAAUCUUUCGAGGAGAGUUGGCGGCUGAAGGAGGGGGCCUGCGAGCCGAGCAGCGCCCAGGCGCUGAGCGACGAGGAGCAGGAGCGGCGGCGGGAGGGCCCCUGCUCGGUCGUGGCGGACCGCGAGGGGCCCCUGGCCGGCUGCCACGCCACCCUGGACCCCGACCCCUUCCUGCGAGCCUGCAUCGAGGCCCGCCCCGGCCGGGGGGCCCCGGGGAAGGGGGAGCCGGAGCUGGUCUGCGACGCCAUCGCCGCCUACGUGGCCGCGUGCCAGGGAGCAGGGGCGGAGCUGCAGGAGUGGAGGAGCCUCGCCCAGUGCGACGUGACCUGCCCCCCGAACUCCCACUACGAGCUCCGCGGCGACGGCUGCCCGGUCACCUGCCGGGACCUGGCCCCGCCGGCGGGCUGCGUGUCCUCCCCCCGCGAGGGCUGCGCCUGCGACACCGGCCACGUGCUGAGCGGGGCCGCCUGCGUCCUCCCCGCCGACUGCGGCUGUGUGCUCGACGGCCGCUACCACCCGCCCGACGGAGGCCCCUUCUACUCGGGCCCCGACUGCACCAAGCGCUGCUCGUGCGCGCCGGGGGGGUCUCUGGCCUGCGAGCCGUGGGCGUGCGAGGCCAAGGAGGAGUGCCAGCUGCAACAGGGCGCCUGGACCUGCCUCCCAGUGGGCCUCGACGGGCGCUGCACGAUCGCCUCCGCUGCGCACGUCGUGUCCUUCGACGGCCGAUCCUUCUCGGCCUGGGGGGCGUGCGGCUACACGCUGGCCCGCACCUGCUCCCCCGGCCCCGAGCCUUUUUCCAUCGUCUUGCUGAAGGAUAAGUUGGGGGACCCCGGAAGCCUGGUGAUCACCGUAGCUGGAGUCUCGCUCACCCUCCACCGCAAGACCCCCUGGCUGGUGGAGGUGGACGGCGAGAUGGUGAUACUGCCCCUGGAACUGAAGGAGGCCGGAGUGCUGGUCAACCAGGUGGGCGCAACGACGAUGCUAAAAUGGGAAGGUGGCGGGAAGCUGACCGACGCCGACGGCUUCAUCCUGCUGCGGCUGUCGGGCGCCUACCGCGGCCGGGUCUGCGGCCUCUGCGGCAACUUCAACGAGGACCCGGGGGACGAUCUGCUCCUGCCCGACGGCCAGCAGGCCAACGACCCGAAGCCCUUCACGGAGGCGUGGGCGCGGCCCGAGGCCGGGCAGGCCUGCCGGAGCCACUGUGGCGAGCGCUGCGGGUCCUGCUCCGGCGACGCGUAUGAGGGGCCCCGGGCCUGCGGGCUCCUGGAGCUGCCGGACGGGCCCUUCGCCGCCUGCCACGCCCACGUGGCCCCGGCCCAGUUCGCGCAGCGCUGCGUGGAGGAGCUGUGCUCCACGGCCGGACACCCGAGCUCGCUCUGCCGCGGCCUCCACGCUUACGCCGUCGUGUGCCGCGGGGUGAGCGCCCCGCUCGGGCCUUGGAGGAACAGCACCUUCUGCCCUCUGAGCUGCACCCCGGGGACGCUGUCCACCCACUGUCUCCGGCCCCAGGAGACCUUGUGCGCAUCGGGCAUCUUCCCAACCGGGAUCCCGAUAGAGUGUUUCGAAGGCUGCGAGUGCCCCGCGGGGACCCUGGCCGAGGCCGGACACUGCGUGCCCUCCACCGCCUGUGGCUGCAUCCACCAGGGCCGCUACCUCCAGGUCGGGGAGGAGAUCGUGAACAGUGACUGCACGGAGCGCUGUCGCUGUGCCGAAGACUCCAACCUGCAGUGUGAGCCGCACAGCUGCGAGCCCGAGGUGCUGUGUGGCCUGAGAGCCGGAGUCCGCGGUUGCCUGGCCCCCGAGGCUUCGUGCACUGUAGGGCCCUUGGGGAGGCAGCUGACGACGUUCACCGGCGCCCAAGUGGCUCUGUCCUCUGGCACCUUCCAGCUGGCCGCCCGCUGUUAUGGCAAUGCCACGCCCUGGUUUCGCGUGGUCAGCGAGGUCAAGCACUGCGAGAUGGACCCGAACCCCUCGCUCACCGUCUACGUGUUUGUGCCUGAAGGCUUAGUGGUGAUGCAGCACGGACGGGGAAUCUGGGUCAACGGCCAGGACGUGACGCUCCCGACCUGGGUGUCCCCGUCUCUGUCCCUGAGCCUUGCCCCCAGAGGGGCCUUCGUGCUGCGCCAGGCCGGGGGCGUCCACGUGCGGCUCGGAGAGGAGCUGGAGAUGAACGUGUCCGUCCCACUGAGCGCCAGCGGUUCCCUCUGCGGCCUGUGCGGAGAAAACACGGCCGAGAUCCGCACGCUGACCAUGUGGUCGGCCAAGGACCUGGAGCUUUGCUCGGUUUCUCUCUGGAAGUCUUAAGGUGCAGGGCCUAGCACCGAAGAGUUGCCGCCGCUGCCGCCAGAAACGCCACCCCCUCCCUUGCUAGGCGAUUCCUCCCCCAGCCGUGAACCCACCCGACUGCAACAUCCCAACCCCUAACGCAAUAAACGUGCAAGCCGGUGA